AUGGGAAGUGGAGACAGGGAGCUCACAGAUCAGCUAGUGGAAAAAAAACAACGAUGGCUCUCCUGGGGACUGCUCUACGCGGGCUUCGUCUUCAUCAUGGCCCUGUUUUUGGCCCUUGUUAUAAAAUCUGUUCAGUUUUUUGUUCUGAGCAGCUUCGCCGUGGUCUUCACCCUCUUCCUCUUUUAUGGCUUGUCUAUGAUCGCCUUGGCUUUCUUAAUGAGCGUCUUGAUAAAGAAGUCUUUCCUCACUGGGCUUAUGGUGUUCUUUCUCACCGUCUUCUGGGGAAGUGUGGGCUUCACAGCAGUGUACAGGUACCUCCCCGCGUCCGUGGAGUGGAUUCUAAGUUUGUUUAGCCCCUUCGCCUUCACACUAGGAAUGGCCCAGCUUUUGCACUUGGACUAUGAUUUAAAUUCUAAUGCCCCGCCUGAUCCAGCAGGUGGUUCAAAUCUAAUUAUAAUAACCAAUUUCAUGUUGGCCUUUGAUACAGUUCUGUAUCUAGUCCUGAUGAUGUACUUGGAAAAAAUUCUGCCAAAUGAACGCGGACUUCGACAUUCACCCUUGUUUUUCCUGAAGCCUUCAUUUUGGUCACAACAGCGAGUGCCUGAUCCUGUGGUUCUUGAAGAUGAAAUAGAUUCUGAUCUUUCAUCAAAUGACUCUUUUGAACCAAUGCCGCCAGAAUUCCACGGCAAAGAGUCCAUCAGAAUCAGAAAUGUUACCAAAGAAUACAAAGGCAAGCCUGAUAAAAUAGAAGCUUUGAAAGAUUUGACACUGGAUAUAUACGAAGGCCAAAUCACGGCAAUACUUGGUCACAGUGGAGCCGGAAAAUCAACACUGUUAAAUAUUCUUAGUGGACUGUCUGUUUCUACCAAAGGCUCUGUCACCAUAUAUAAUAAUAAACUAUCAGAAAUGUCUGACCUAGAAAAUAUCGUCAGCAUCACUGGAGUUUGUCCACAAUCCAAUGUGCACUUUGACUUCCUCACUGUGAGAGAAAACCUCAGGCUUUUUGCUAAAAUAAGAGGAAUUCCAUCACAAGAAGUGAAGAAAGAGGUACAAAAAGUUUUGCUGGAAUUAGAAAUGAAAAAUAUUCAGAAUGUCCUUGUUCAAAACUUAAGUGGGGGACAGAAAAGAAAACUAACCUUUGGAAUUGCCAUUUUAGGAGAUUCUCAGAUUUUCCUGUUGGAUGAACCCACUGCUGGGCUGGAUCCCUUUUCAAGGCACCAAGUGUGGAGCCUCCUGAAGGAGCGCAAAGCAGAUCGCGUGGUCCUCUUCAGCACCCAGUUCAUGGAUGAGGCCGACAUCCUGGCUGAUAGGAAAGUGUUCCUCUCCAACGGGAAGCUGAAAUGUGCGGGCUCUUCCUUGUUUCUGAAGAAGAAAUGGGGGAUCGGUUAUCAUUUGAGUUUGCAGCUGAAUGAGAUCUGCGUUCGGGAAAAUAUAACAUCACUUGUUAAACAGCACAUCCCCGAGGCCAAGUUAUCAGCAGAAAGUGAAGGAAAACUUGUCUAUAUGUUACCCUUAGAAACAACUUAUAGAUUUCCAGAACUUUACAAGGAUCUGGACAGCUGUCCUGGUCUGGGAAUUGAGAACUAUGGUGUUUCUAUGACAACUUUAAAUGAAGUGUUCCUGAAACUCGAAGGAAAAUCAACAACUGAUGAACCAGAGACUGACAUCUUGGGAGAAGGUCAAGAAGACAGAGUUGAGGACACAGAAAGGCUUAUUGAGAUGGAACAAAUUUUCUCUUCUCUUACGGAGAUGAAAAAGACCAUCGAUGGUGUGGCUCUCUGGGGACAGCAAAUCUGUGCAAUUGCAAAGGUCCGCUUGUUGAAGUUAAAGCACGAAAGAAAAGCUCUUUUAUCUCUGCUGCUGAUCCUGGCAGUUGGAUUUUUCCCUCUUCUUCUAGAGUAUAUCUUGGUGAAGAUACAUCAGAACAGUUACACUUGGGAGCUUUCCCCUCACUCGUACUUUCUGGCUCCUGGACAGCAACCACAGGACCCUCUCACACAGCUACUGAUCAUCAAUAAAACAGGGGCAAGCAUUGAGGACUUUAUCCAUUCUGUGGAGCACCAGAACAUAGCUUUGGAAGUAGAUGCAUCUGGAGCCAGGGAUGGCGUAGAUAACCCAUCCUACAAUGGAGCCAUCACAGUGUCUGGUAGUAGGAAGAAUUACAGCUUUUCAUUUGCUUGCAAUGCGAAGAGACUGAAUUGCUUCCCAGUUCUUCUGGAUAUCGUUAGUAACGGGCUACUUCGGAUGGUGAAACCAUCAGCACGUAUUCAGACUGACAGAAGCACAUAUUUGGAGAACAUACAGGGCAGUCAAUUUGAAUACCUGGGGCACACCAUGUUCUGGCUGGUUUUGGCAUCCAGUUGUCCUCCAUACAUUGCCAUGAGCAGCGUCAGCGAUUAUAAGAUCAAAGCGUGGUCCCAGCUGCGGAUCUCAGGUCUCUUCCCUUCUGCUUACUGGUUAGGGCAGGCGCUGGUGGACGCUCCCCUCUACUGCUUGGUCUUCAUCUUCAUGUAUUUAAUGGACUAUCUUUUCAGCUUCCAGGAGACUGUAUUUACAGUUAUAAACCGUAUUAUGCAAAUCCCAUGUUCCAUCGGCUACUCUAUGUCUCUUAUCUUCUUAACGUAUGUGAUCUCAUUCAUUUCUCGCAAGGGGAGAAAAAACAGUGGAAUCUGGUCAUUUUGCUUCUAUAUUAUCACCCUGUUCUCUACCGUUGCAAUGAUACUGGAGUCCCACGGGAACAGUACAGUGUAUUGCGUCAUCUUUUUAAUACCACAAGCCACCCUGGUUGGCUGUUUGUUCUUAUCUUUUCAUCUUCUCAUAUUUCGUAUUUUUAAUGAAGAACCAAAGUCCUCAGAGCCAUUUCUGGUGUUCCUCAUUCCUUUCCUUCAUGUUUUCAUUUUUCUUUUUACUCUUCGAUGUCUGGAAUGGAAGUUUGGGAAGAAAUCAAUGAGGAAGGAUCCCUUCUUCAGAAUUUCUCCAAGAAGCAAUGAUGUGUGUCAAAACCCAGAAGAACCAGAAGGAGAAGAUGAAGAUGUUCACAUGGAAAGAGUGAGAACAGCCAGUGCCUUAAGUUCCACAAAUUUUGACGAGAGGCCAGUUAUUGUUGCCAGCUGCCUGCGCAAGGAAUAUGCAGGCAAAAGGAAGCGAUGCUUUUCCAAGAAGAAGCCUAAGGUGGCCACCAGGAACAUUUCGUUCUGUGUUAGGAAAGGUGAAAUUUUAGGAUUGUUAGGACACAAUGGAGCUGGUAAAAGUACAUCUAUUCGGAUGAUAACUGGAGACACAAAGUCCACAGCUGGCCAGGUGUUACUGAAAGGGACUAGGGAAGGGGACACCCUGGGCUUCCUGGGAUACUGCCCUCAGGAGAAUGUGCUGUGGCCCAACCUGACCGUGAAGGAGCACCUGGAGGUAUUUGCUGCCGUGAAGGGGUUGAACAAAAGUGAUACCGCAGUCACCAUUAUGAGGUUGGUGGACGCACUCAAGCUGCGAGACCAGCUGAAGUCUCCCGUGAAGACGCUGUCAGAGGGACUGAAGAGAAAGGUCUUCUUGGAACUCUCCAAGGAGCAGGAGCUGGAUGGCUUUGAGGAGGAACUAGAUUCCUCAGUCAAGUGGAAGCUCCUCCCACAGGAAGAGGCUUAGGCCAAAAGCACUACGUGUCUGUACAAGCCUGUGUUAUUUUUUUAAAGACAUUUAUUUUUAUAACAUCAGUGAAAUAUUUUAGUAACUAUAUUGUAAACACCAUGAUGGUUCUUCAUGUUUGUGGGGGAGAGGGGGGCAAAUGCUGGGUAGAGGUAGAAGCAUAUGGACAGCAUGCCCAGCAUCCCAGCUCUUCAUCUCUGCAGGCCACCCUGGUGCCACUUUUCUGUGUAAUACUGAAUAAAUACAGUUACUUUUA